GAGGUCAAGGUGAAUUGGGCAACUACGCCAAGCAGUCAGAAGAAAGACACAUCCAAUCAUUUCCAUGUUUUUGUGGGGGAUCUGAGUCCUGAGAUCACAACCGAUGAUAUUAGAGCUGCAUUUGCUCCCUUUGGGAAAAUCUCGUAAGUAUUCAGAAGCUUUGUGUGGUUUAUAUGAAGUCGUUCAGAUAAUCUAAUAUAAGGAAUCGUUAGACAAAAAUGAUCUAUCACCAUAGUGAUAAUAUAUAUAUAUAGUAUUAUCACACAUACAUACACCUACCAGUUAAUUAUUAAAAAGGCAGUGUUGAGGAAGAAGCAGUUGAAUGCUUUUUCCUUGUGAACUGUUUGGGUGGAUUCCUAAAAUGUAAAUAGAACUAAAUUGCGUGACUGCACAUACCAUUAGUAAAUCCACACGUUUCUCAGUUCCCAAAGUAUUACAAAGGUUAGGCUUUUAGGGCUUUUUUUUUUUUUUAAACUACUGUGUCUAGAGCCAUGUUUUAAAGGUGUUCCUUAAAAAGAAUAUCUUCACCAUGACACAUUCCUGAUUAAAUAGAAGAACUGAAAUGCUCAUAGGAUUGGACAGGAGCUUGAAGGCUAACAGCAAGGAACUGUGCACACUGGGAACUCAGAUAGAUGCUCGUGUGGUGAAGGAUAUGACAACAGGGAAAUCAAAGGGGUAUGGAUUUGUGUCCUUCUAUAACAAACUGGAUGCAGAGAAUGCCAUAGUACACAUGGGCGGCCAGUGGUUAGGAGGACGGCAGAUUCGUACGAACUGGGCCACUCGGAAGCCCCCAGCCCCUAAGAAUACUCAAGAUGCCAGCCCAAAGCAGCUGAGAUAUGAAGAUGUUGUGAACCAGUCAAGUCCUCAGAACUGCACUGUAUACUGUGGUGGUAUCCAGUUAGGGCUCUCGGACCACCUUAUGCGACAGACAUUUUCACCUUUUGGGCAAAUAAUGGAAAUCAGAGUUUUCCCAGAAAAAGGCUAUUCUUUUAUCAGGUUCUCUUCCCAUGAAAGUGCUGCCCAUGCCAUUGUGUCAGUGAAUGGAACAACCAUCGAAGGCCAUAUUGUUAAGUGCUACUGGGGCAAAGAGUCACCUGAUAUGGCGAAAACUGUCCAGCCUGUAACAGAACAACAGGUGGAUUAUGGACAGUGGGGCCACUGGAAUCAGAUGUAUGGAAAUCCUCAGCAGUAUGGCCAGUACAUGACAAAUGGAUGGCAAGUACCUUCUUAUGGAAUGUAUGGACAGACAUGGAAUCAACAGGGAUUUGGAGUGGAACAAUCACAGUCUCCUGCCUGGGUGGGAGGUUUUGGAACUCAGCCCUCUCAGGCACAGCCUGGCCCUGUGAUGAAUCAGGCUAACUUUGGCAUGGCUGGCUACCAGACACAGUGAUUUGUUCAUCACUGUCCAACAUCUGAGUCACUUUGUGGAAGCCCUCUUCCUUGUGUGUGGAGGGAGUAAAGAGACUAAUAGAAGUCAUUGACUUUCUUCCUGGAAAACAUUCAGAACUGACCUGAAUCAGGGUUUAAAAAGCAAAGAAGCAAAUUUUGAUUAUAGAACGUCUUCAGCAGGAAACUGAAUUUAUUUGCGAAAAUUAUUUUCAUUGUUUUAAUGGAGUUGGACAUAAUAAACUGUACACCCCCCCUCCCUC